CCUCCUUAUCCGAUAAACUGCCAAGCCUGUAUGCUCUGCAAACAAAAUCAUAAGAAAAAGUUAGUCUGAUCCCGGAACUAAAUCCCAAUGUAUUUAUAAUGAGCACGUCCCAUUAUUCUGGUUAGAAUGACGUGUCAUCAAUCAUGACGCUGUCUGCGAUUCGAACUCCGGUCGUCGAAUCAAAAAAGGUUGACUGUGUUACCAUAACGACAAAACAGCACCGGUGACAAUGUUAUUGCGGGUGUAGUGAAAUACUUGUGAAAAACAAUAUUUCUGUAUUAAAAUAUGUAACCCCUUUGAAACCAGAGAACACAUGUUUCUAUGUGAAUUUAGUUGUUUCGCCCCCCAAAAAGGGGACAUUUCAGCUUUGUCUUUCCUAAAUUGCGUUUAGCCCACUCCAGUCAGCAGAUGGCGGAUGUGCGUCUGUGACGUGUAAUCUAGGGGACGAGGUGUUUCUUCGCCAUCAACAACAGCCAGUCAGACACAUCUCGGGACUCUGUUAGCCAACAAAGCCGAAACAUUAUAGCUCUUGAGACGCUUUCAGUGUAUGCUUUUUCACUGUGUUUUAAAACACAUUUCUGUCGUAUAGAUAGUUACCGCUCAUUUAAUUUCAUAUGUACGUUACUAAUCAGCAAGAUAAAUAGCCUAGCACUAGGCUAGUCGCACAUGUUAACUAGCUAUUUUAUUUAUUUUACCAGGUAGUUAGCUAACCUAGCUAACAUCCCCGACCAUGAGUUCACAAAACUACCUGCAUCCUGUUAAAGAAGAAGAGGUCUGCUGGACGGAGAAAGAAGGUCUGUGGCUGAACCAUGUCGUGAAAGAAGAGGUGGAAGAGGAGGCUGUGACAGUAAAGCAAGAAGUAGAAGGUGUUACCGUGAAAGAAGAAGAGAAAGACGUUACAGUGAAAGAAGAGGAAGACGCGUUCAGUGUGAAAGAGGAGGAGGAAGAGGAGGAUGUUACAGUAAAAGAAGAAGAGAAAGACGUUUCAGUGACAGAAGAGGAAGAGGCUUUCAGAGUGACAGAGGAGGAUGUUACUGAGGAGGAAGAGAAAGUCGAUGCCCAAUCGAGAGCAUCCUGUCGGGCUCUAUCACCGCCUGGUACGACAACUGCUCCGCCCGCAACCGCAAGGCUCUCCAGAAGGUGGUGCGAUCUGCCCAACGCAUCACCAGGGGCAAACGGCAUGCCCUCCAGGACACCUACACCACCCGAUGUCACAGGAAGGGAAAACAUAUCACCAAGGGCAACAACCACCCGAGCCACUGCCUGUUCACCCCGCUAUCAUCCAGAAGGCGAGGAUGCAGUUUUUGGAGUGGAGGAGGGAGCGAUAACUGGCACAUUGGUGGAAGAGGAGGAAGAGGAGGAGGAGGAGGAGGAAGAGGAGGAGGGAGCGAUAACUGGUACAUUGGUGGAAGAGGAGGAAGAGGAGGAGGGAGCGAUAACUGGCACAUUGGUAGAAGAGGAGGAAGAGGAGGAGGGAGCGAUAACUGGCACAUUGGUAGAAGAGGAGGAAGAGGAGGAAGAGGAGGAGGGAGCGAUAACUGGCACAUUGGUGGAGGAGGAGGAAGAGGAGGAGGAGGAGGAGGAGGAGGAGGGAGUGAUAACUGGUACGUUGGUGGAGGAGGAGGAGGAGGAGGAGGAGGAGGGAGUGAUAACUGGUACAUUGGUGGAAGAGGAGGAAGAGGAGUAG